GGCAUAGUGCAGGCAGCCGAACUCAGCUCAUACGAACCCACUUUUGCUGGCAUGGAAACGUGUUUGAAGAACCACGGCCCAUCACGUCACGAAAUGAACACGAAACGGUCGUGGUCUCAUGCAAUUCUCCAUGACCUGAAAGAGUCAGUCGUGGAUUGAGUAGUGGCCGUUGUUCAAGUAUCUAAAGAUAGUGUGGUGCUAGCCAGAGUUAAAUUGGAUUUAGUACCAUUUCCCAACGAUUCGUUUUGCUAAUUAAACGGAGCACGGCGGCAUGAGCGCUCCCAAUCCGUACUUCCUCAAACUGACGGAAACGGAAACGCUCCGCUUCUUGGAUCUCUACCAAAAGGAAGAGAUACUUUGGAAUUCAAAUCUGGAGAUGUACAGAAACCGGCCAGCCCGUUUGGCUGCAGCCGAACGCGUAGCCAAGGCACUCAACGUUCGAGGAUUUACGGCCGAAUACGUCCUUAUAAAGUUCAAGAACCUCCGCAGCUCCUAUUGCCAGGAGCUGAAGAAAGUGGCAGAGAGUGUCAGUUCCGGGGCAGAGGAGAUAUACCGACCGAAAGUUUUUUGGUUCCACAAGAUGAAUGCAUUUCUCCGGCCAUUCGUCCAAUCUCGGGCGGCACAAUCGAACUUGCACUUUGACUACCCCGACACCAACGAAGUUCAAACCCAAGAAGUCUGCACAACACAUUUCCUGGAUCCCUUCAACGGCCACGAACUGGCCACUCCACAUUCAGCAGGAGUCGAAGAUCCACAAUUCCUAACAUCCUGGGAAUCAUACGACGAACAUUCAUCAGGAAGGUCGGAAAAACGCAUGUACCCAGAGACAAGCUCGCCCCCGCCACAUUACUCGAAACGCAUAAAACAGUCCAUCAACAGCACGAACAACACAUAUAACCUGGGAAGUGAUUCCAAUGAAGAUCGACUUCCAGCCCCGCAUCUUCCCACUCAAAGCGAAAAGGAGGACAGUUUCGAUUGUUUCGGAAGAUACAUUGCAGCCUUGCUCCGCAUAAUGCCCCCACAACAAUCCUGUAAGAUGCAGCUGGACAUAGUCACGCUACUACUGAACCAACAAAUGCACCAGAGUAAACCACCGCAGCUGAUCUCAGCAUCUCAGCAGACUGAAGAGGUUGCGUCCGGGCCUCGAAGUGCGGGUCCAGAUAGUGGUGCAGAUCUUGAUGUGAAAGAUGAAAACAUCUCCAAUGGAUAUGUUGAUUUAACUAAUGAAAUAAAUUAUGAAAGUUAGUUGUGUAAUUAGAGGUGUAAGUGAGUGAUUGAAUUCUUGUGAUGAAAACUUCCUGAGUUGAUAAUAUUUAAAAUAAAUUAAUUUCUUAG